AUGGCAUCACGAAAGAAGGGACUCUCUUUAGAGGAAAAGCGUGCACAGAUGUUGGCGUUAUUUUAUGAAAGUGAAGAUAUUGCACCGAAGCAAAAGGGAGUGAUAUCUCAAGCUGUGAAGGAAGUCACUCAGUCUUUGGUAGACGACGGUUUAGUGGAAUGCGAGAAAAUUGGGACUAUCGUCUGUUACUGGGCUUUUCGAUCCAAGGCCUCACAGAUUAGAAAGCGAAAGCUGCAAGAGCUUAACGAGUCGAUUGAUGAUGUUAAGAAGAGAAUUGCUGAAGGAACGGCUGAGCUGAAAAAGCAGAAGAAAGGGAAGGAGGACUCCGAGGAACGCUCUGAACUGUUAAUUUUAUUUGGGAAUCUUCAAGAAGAAGAAAGAACACUUAGUGGACGCUUGGAACAGUAUACUGAAUACGACCCUGAAGCAAUUGCUCAGGUGAAGCAACGGGCCGAAAAGGCGCGUGAGGAUGCUAAUCGCUGGACAGACAACAUUUUCUCAAUUAAGAAGUGGUGUAAAACAAAGUUUGGUCUGGAUGACAAAGCUCUUGAUCAGCAGUUUGACAUACCCGAGGACAUGGAUUACAUAGAAUAG